AUGACCUGUCUGUUUCAGGUAGCGUGGGGCCCAUUGGAUUACUUGUUCAUCGAUUUGCCUCCUGGUACAGGAGAUACUCAGCUUUCUUUGGUGCAGAACGUGCCUAUCGACGGGGCAGUCGUCGUUACCACGCCGCAGGAUGUCGCUCUGAUUGACGCCCAAAAGGCAAUAAAGAUGUUCGCCCAGGUUCACGUCCCAAUAAUUGGUGUCGUUGAAAACAUGGCGUCGUUUAUUUGCCCAUCCUGCCGACACGAAACAAGGAUCUUUGGCGACGACACCGGCCUUCGCGCC